AUGCAGCCCACUGUUGUGAUACUUGGAGGCGGCUUCUCUGGAAUUGGCACUGCGCACAAGUUACUCAAACACACCAAACCGAAAGUUCCAACCCUGCGUAUCAUCUUGGUCUCCCGCUCAACCCACCACUAUUGGAACAUUGCCUCUGUCCGUGGUGUCUUACCAGGCGCCAUAUCAGACGAUUGUCUCUUCUACGAUAUCAACAGCGGCUUCCAAAAGUACCCUUCAGACUCAUUUGAACUUAUCAUUGGUUCAGUGUCUGGCAUCGAUCUUAAUCAAGAGUGCGUUGCUAUCCAGACGUCAGAUGGCCCAAAGUCCAUUCCCUACACUGAACUUGUCAUCGCUACUGGUUCUUCAUAUCCCUCUCGGCUACCAUUCACGUCCAUCGGUACCUACGACGACACACGAAAUGAGUUGCACCAGCUUCAGCACAAGAUAGAAGCUGCUUCAUCCAUUCUCAUUGCCGGAAGUGGAGCUACUGGUGUCGAAACAGCAGCAGAGCUCGCGUCCGCGUAUAACUCCAGCAAGGAUAUCACCCUGGUGGUCGAGGGCCAGGCACCCCUGUUGAUGUUGAGAAUGGAUAUCCGCGAGGCGGCCGCGCGUGGCUUGGAAGCUUUAGGUGUUAAGCUAGUCGCCAAUGCACGUGUCCAGACAUCCACUCAGUCUCGGUCUAAGAUGCACACCCAUCUGUCCAACGGUGAUAGCCACGAGACUCACCUUUACCUUCCUCUUUUCGGCACGCGCCCAAACACCAUAUUUGUCCCGCAAAAUCUCCUGGAUGACCGGGGGUAUGUCAAGUUGGAAAGAACUCUACGGGCAGAGGGGUUUACAAAUAUUUGGGGAGUUGGAGAUGUCGGAAACCUUGAGAGUAAUCAGCUGAUCUACGCUGAGAGCCAAACUCAACAUCUCGCCAAAAACCUUGAUGCUGUCCUUAUUGGAAGACCUGAUCAAGUUACAGACCUCAAGCUAGGAUAUAGCCCUCAGAUCUUUGUCACUUUGGGCAAAAAGAAGGGGGUAGGACAGUUUCUCAAUUUUCAGGUUCCCAGCUUUGUUGUGAGCACCGUCAAGGGCAAAACUUUAUUUACCGAGAAGGGCCCAGGGAUGAUCUCUGGGAAGAACAUUGUGCGAUCCGCUAUCUAA